UAAUGUGUAACAGGGCAGAGGUGCAACCUUCAGCAGACAUUUGUUCAGCUCUUGUGACUCGGUCACAAGAAAACACAGGAAGCACAGGAGAGGAGAACAGGGCUUCGUGAGCAGUUUAGUUUCAGUGUCUGAAGCUGAGUUGUUUUGUUGGUUUGGACUAAGACACAGAGCUGCGAUGGCUGACACAAACUCUCAGUCACCGGCCGAUGGCUCGUCUGCCAAGUUCGACCAGGUGCAGGGUCAGGUGAACGAGGUAAAAGUUAUUCUGAAAGACAACAUCAACAAAGUGCUGGAGAGGGGGGACAGACUCGAUGAUCUGAUCGGGAAGACUGACGACCUGCAGGCCUCUGCUGAAGGCUUCCAGAAAACAUCCACACGUGUGGCCAGGAAAUACUGGUGGAAAAACAUCAAACUGAUGAUUAUAAUCGGCAUCAUUGUGCUGAUCAUAGUUAUCCUCAUCAUCCUCUUUGCCACUAAGGUUAUAUAAAUCUUUACAGGCUCAGGACUGAAAGCAAUGAAGAUGGUGGCUAAAGUUCACUUAUACAGCCGACAUUUAUUGAGUAAAUUAAUUUGAUUUCUCAAGAAUGAUUCAGCUCUAACAAGGACGCGUUUGUAUGUAUACGUAAAUAUCUGCAUUUGUUUUCUCUGCAAAAUCAUCAGAUGUAAAGAUUAAAUUCUGAACAGUUAAACAGUUCAAAUUGUAA